UGAUGGAUUAAAUAGAUUUGUAAGAUAUGAGAAAGAAGCUUCAUGGAUAUAAAAAGGUUGGAAAAAAAUAAGUCAUUAGUAUUUUAAAUCAAUUGGAGGAUCCAAAAAUUGAUCAAAAGUAUGAUUUUUGAUAUAAUUUAGAGCCCUUGCUGAGUCCAAAAUACUUAAAACUGUAAGGACACUCUCUUAAAUUGAAAUAGAUGGAGAUUCUGUUUUAAGUGAAUAAGAUUGUAGGCAAAUCAAAGAAAAAGCCACGGAAACAUUAUAGAAAUUGAAGAAAAAUGAGAAGUCUGUGCCUCAAGAAAGGGCACCUGUGAUAACUGCAACUCCGGACAGAAAGUAAUCUGUGGAUGUUGCAAAUACAAAUCCAAUUAAUUAAAAUGAUUUUAUAAACUAAUUGGGGCUUCCUUAAAAUUUUGAUCUUAAGCGAUUGAAAGUUUUGUAGACCAUAAUUCAGAAAUUCUCAAAUGAAUCUACUCCUUAAUAAGAAAGCAUUACAUUUUGUAGAAAAUUGGAAAACGAAGUAUAUCAUUUGAGUUUAUGUCAGAUUAGCAUGAAGUUUAAGGAUAAAGAAAGACAAUAUUAAACAGCAAUAAGAGAGAUUCUGAAAUACUUACAAAAUGAUAAGGAUGGAAGUGUUCGUAAUAGAUUAUUAACAGGAUUAAUUGACAUACCUACAGCAGCAUAAUUGAGAUCAGAGGAUUGGACAAGUGCAACUGUAUUAUAUGGAUAUAGAUAUUAUAGAGAUUAGCCAUAGCAGGAGGAGUAGGCCGAGAAAUUCUAUCAGCAAAUGAUAUGAAUCAUAAUAAAUAUAUAGCUUAAGCAAUUAAUAAGGAUAUUGCUUUGGGUUUAUGCAAUAACUGUGGAUAAAAAUAAAUGAAAUUAGUCAAUGAAAUAUAAACUAGAGCAAGUGAUGAACCUUCGACAAAAUUUUAUGAAUGUUUGAAUUGCGGUGUUGGAGAAACUACAAAUGGUUGA